UCUGAAUUUACUCAGUUCGCUAAAGGGUCUGUAAGGGAUCAGUUGCCUACAAGCAUUAAUAAAUAUUAUUUUUUAAACUCAAAAAUGUUACGUAUCGUGUUGUUUUUAACUGUAUUAUGGUGCACUUCUAUGCACUGUAAAAUCGAACAUUUGUCAAAUGAAAAAGAGUGUAGUAAUGAAAGUGAAAAUGGAAAUACUUUAGAUCUUUCAUAUUCAGGAAUAACGCGGUUGAAAAAUUAUUUUAUAAACAGUUCCGCUAUUACGCACAUCAACUUAAUGAAUAAUGCAAUAAACAAAAUCGAAAAUUGCGCAUUUAAAGGCUUACCGAAUUUGGUUUACGUAAAUUUAUCGCGAAACAGUUUAUCAAGUGGUGACUUUCCAUUUGGACUAAUAAAUUGUACCAAUCAGUCUGCUAUUGAAACAUUAGUUUUAGAUAAUGUCUAUUCGAAUUCUUAUGUUACAAUAACACUAACAGAUUCUAUAAAAUUACUAAAAUUGAAGAAAUUAUAUUUACGCCAGAACGAUAUAGAAAACAUAAUUUUUGACAGCGUACGGUUGGGUGACAUUAUGCCAAACAUCGCUCAUUUGUAUCUAAAUGAUAACAUUCUUACAUCAUUAAGUUCUUUAAAAUAUCUCCCCAUGACUUUAACUCAUUUACAUCUUGAUAAUAAUCGGAUAUCAAAAUUGGAAAUAGAAUAUUUCAACAACUUAAGAGUCUUAACGAUUAAUAAGAAUAACAUUAAAAAUUUAUGUACUAUUUACAUAAAUUGCAACGGAAUUUCGUUGGCAAGUGCGGUAAAUUUAGAAUUUUUGUCGAUUUCAAACUCAGAACUACAAGGAAUAGAUUCAAAUUCAUUCAGAGAUUUAACAAAUUUACGCCAUUUGGACUUAUCUUUUAAUAUUUUACGUGAAAUGCCAGUAGUACUUCGUUAUUUGGUGAACUUGAAGACACUUCUACUGAACAACAAUCAAAUUGAAACCAUUCCUGAUAUUAGUGUCAUAGUUAGUUUGGAACAUUUUUCAAUAGCAAAUAACAAAAUAGGAUCCAUGGACUGUUCAACUUUUAGCGGUCUAUCAAAUCUUAAAAAAUUAAAUCUUAGCAAUAAUGCUUUGAGUAAAUUUGUUUCUGGAUCAUUGGAUGAUUUAAUAUUAUUAGAAGAAUUAGAUUUGUCUGGAAAUAAAUUUUUUACUUUGCCUGAUGAUUGGAUUUCAUACAAUUUAAAUUUGCAAUAUUUAUAUUUGGAUAAUAAUUUAUUUACCAGUUUGGCAGACUUAUCGUUGACAGAAGCGAAAAAUCUUACAUACUUAAACAUCGGCGGGAAUCCAUUGACAUUGAUAAAUAUCAAGUCAUUAAAAUUUUUACCAGAAAAUACAACAGUCGACAUUGAGAGCAGAAGUUUAGACUGUUUUAUCUACCAGUAUCGUUGUCAGAAUUAUUAUGGGUAAGAUUAAAAAUGUAAUGUAAUGUAAAUGAAAUUUCAAUAGAAGUAGAAUAUUGAGACCAAAAACAUGGUAAGGGACUAGAAAGAAGUUGAACAAGUGAGAAACACUGAGAAUAUAAGCCCUAGAUUUGUAAGGGGACCCAUUUUAUCCCCCCCCCCCCAUUCCCGCUACAAUUGAUAUGUUAUAAUUUUAUGAUUCUUUUUUUUUAUUAAUUGUUGUAAUUUUUAUAUGAAUAAGUCGAAAUGUAUCGAAUAUUAAAUAAAUAAUUAAUCUAUAUCUUUAAUCGUCAACAAACAAUAUCAGUACUUUUAAACAAAUUUUUUUUCUUCUUUAUUCUCAGAAGUUUUUGAAGUUUUAAAAUUUAUAUAAUAAUAAUUAAAUUCAUAACUAAUCAUAAUUUUUUGUGUGGUUUGAAAAGUAUGUGUUACAUAAUUGUAUUUUUUUU